CAACGCGCGCUGCACGCGAGGCAAGUGCAGCCGUUGGCAGUGAGCGGUUCUCGCGGGCGGCAGCGGACGAGGGUUUCUGAGUGUCUCUGUCUUCGUGCGGCGCCAUGCGUGAAUGUAUCUCGAUCCACGUGGGCCAGGCCGGUGUUCAGAUUGGCAAUGCAUGUUGGGAAUUAUAUUGUCUUGAACAUGGAAUCCAGCCUGACGGGCAGAUGCCCAGUGAUAAAACCACUGGAGGUGGAGAUGAUUCAUUUAACACUUUCUUCAGCGAGACGGGGGCUGGUAAACAUGUGCCCAGGGCUGUAUUUGUGGACCUUGAGCCAACAGUGGUUGAUGAAGUACGUACAGGCACAUACAGACAACUAUUUCAUCCUGAGCAACUCAUUACUGGAAAGGAGGAUGCAGCUAACAAUUAUGCCAGAGGCCAUUACACUAUUGGAAAAGAGAUUGUUGAUCUAGUACUAGAUCGCAUUCGCAAGCUGGCUGAUCUGUGCACAGGGCUCCAGGGUUUCCUCAUCUUCCAUAGUUUUGGAGGAGGCACUGGCUCUGGGUUUGCAUCUCUACUUAUGGAAAGACUCUCUGUUGACUAUGGCAAAAAGUCUAAACUAGAAUUUGCAAUUUACCCAGCACCACAGGUUUCUACUGCAGUAGUGGAACCCUACAACUCCAUUCUGACUACACACACAACAUUGGAACAUUCUGACUGUGCCUUCAUGGUAGACAAUGAAGCUAUAUAUGACAUAUGUCGUCGCAACCUUGACAUUGAGCGUCCUACUUACACAAACUUAAAUAGACUCAUUGGGCAAAUAGUCUCAUCUAUCACAGCUUCACUUCGUUUUGAUGGAGCCCUCAAUGUAGAUCUAACAGAGUUCCAGACCAAUCUUGUCCCAUAUCCACGAAUCCAUUUCCCAUUGGCGACUUAUGCGCCUGUCAUUUCUGCUGAAAAAGCAUACCAUGAGCAGCUGUCUGUGGCAGAAAUUACUAAUGCUUGCUUUGAGCCAGCUAAUCAGAUGGUAAAGUGUGACCCUCGCCAUGGCAAGUAUAUGGCCUGCUGUAUGUUAUAUAGAGGUGAUGUUGUCCCUAAAGAUGUCAAUGCAGCCAUAGCUACUAUCAAGACCAAGCGUACUAUUCAAUUUGUGGAUUGGUGUCCAACUGGAUUCAAGGUGGGUAUUAAUUACCAACCUCCAACUGUAGUACCAGGAGGUGACUUGGCCAAGGUACAGCGGGCAGUUUGUAUGCUGAGUAAUACAACUGCCAUUGCAGAAGCAUGGGCUCGCCUUGAUCAUAAAUUUGAUCUGAUGUAUGCUAAGCGUGCCUUUGUGCAUUGGUAUGUUGGAGAAGGAAUGGAAGAAGGAGAAUUUUCUGAGGCCCGGGAAGAUUUGGCUGCACUGGAAAAAGAUUAUGAAGAAGUGGGUGUAGAUUCAGUAGAAGCAGAGGCAGAAGAAGGGGAAGAAUAUUAAAAAAUAAAGUAUGAAAGGUUUCAACACAGAAUUUUUCUUAAUGCACUUGUUUGGUAUACAAAUAAAAGUUUAAAUGUUCAGUCUUCA